UACGAUUCAUAAACCGAAAAGUUUAUGCUACAAAUCUUCAUGCUUAAUUGAUGAAAUUAAUCAUUUUCAUUCCUUUGGCAAUCAGGACAUUGUUGGUUAUCCAUAUCAUUUCGAAUUAAUUAUCACUAAUAAAAGUAGAAAAAAGAUGAAAUUGUUAGUUAUGGCUCCUGAUUCGUCGUAUCGAUUAAUGACAUUUGGUUUUUUCUUGCUGCUACUUUCACCGAUCGCCGCCGGUGAUGGUUCUUCGACCGCUUGCAGAAAUGAUUUCCCAAUGGUUAAGGUUAAGAAGUGGGUGAAUGGUGAUGAAAAGGAGCCACUUUUUGGGCUUAAUGCGGCUUUUGGCCCUAUCUUACCUGAGGAACUCAAACAAGCACAAAGAUUGCCAGCCAACUUUCUAGAACCUGCUACUGGUUGUUCACCCUCAUCCUCGAAGUUGCCAGGCUCUAUUGCUUUGGUGCUGCGUGGUGAUUGUGAGUAUACAACUAAGGCUAGAGUUGCUCAAGAGGGAGGAUCAGCAGCACUGGUGAUGAUAAAUACUGAAGAUGGUCUUCCAGAGAUGGGUUGUGCUAACAUUACCACGUUGAGUAUCAAAAUUCAUGUUAUUACAAUUUCAAAGUCAGCAGGACUGGAUUUAAAGAAAUCCAUAACUGAUGGGAUGAAAGUGGAGCUUUUGAUAUAUUCACCAAAUCGCCCGAUUAUAGAUUACUCAGUGGUAUUCUUGUGGAUGAUGUCUGUUGGGACGGUAGUUUCUGCUACACUUUGGUCAGAUAUAGUUGGAUCGAAGGAAUAUCAUGAACCCAGCAACCAGCUUUCUCCAAAGGAAUCUGAUUCUGGUGCAGAGAAUGAUAAUGGAAUCCUCCAUAUAACCAUGGCAAGCGCAGUAGUUUUUGUUGUAUCAGCAUCUACGUUCCUGCUGCUACUUUACUUCUUUAUGUCAGCAUCGUUCGUUUGGGUGCUAAUCGUACUUUUCUGCGUUGGAGGUGUUGAGGGAAUGCAUAGCUGUAUAUUAUCAUUCAUAUUGAGCAAAUCUAAGGAUUUUGGACAAAAGACAGUGAAACUGCCAGUAGUGGGGAAGAUAACCGUUCUCUCACUAGUUGUUUUGAUAAUCUGUUUGGUAUUUGCCAUUGUCUGGGCUGCAACUCGGAAGAAAUCAUUCUCUUGGAUUGGCCAAGAUAUUCUUGGUAUAUUCAUGAUGAUAAGUGUGUUGCAACUGGCUCGAUUACCAAAUAUAAAGGUUGCCACAGCGCUUCUGUGUUGCGCAUUCGUAUAUGACAUAUUUUGGGUUUUCCUAUCUCCAUAUAUAUUCCAUGACAGUGUUAUGAUUGCGGUAGGUUUUGGACAAUUUUUGAACCAUUCUUCUUCACUUGUAUCAGUGUUUCAACCGGCUCUAUUCUCUCUUUUUAAGGUUGCACGAGGCAAAAACAGUGGUGGAGAGUCAAUCCCCAUGCUUCUGAGAUUUCCUAAACUUUCUGAUCCGUAUUAUGGUUAUAACAUGAUAGGCUACGGGGACAUUCUAUUCCCUGGUUUGUUAGUUACCUUCUCCCACAGAUUUGACAAAGCUCAUGGGAAGAGUGGAGCAAAUGGAUAUUUUCUUUGGUUGAUAAUUGGCUAUGGAUCUGAUUGCAGGCCUAUUCUUCACUUACUUGAGCUUGUAUCUGAUGGCUGGUCGCGGUCAGCCCGCUCUCCUCUACCUCGUGCCUUGCACGUUGGGAACUUGCGUGUUGUUGGGUCUGAAAAGGGGGGAGCUGGAUCUGCUUUGGGACCACGGAGAUGACUCGGGUCAACAAGGUGCUCCUUCUCCCUCGACCAGUGAUUGCACAUAACUACUUUGCAGAAAAGACUCGGAGCGUCUAAUACAUUGGUUGGAUGAGAAACGUGUUAGCAACUAUUGAGCUGCACUCUAUAUUGUGACUCUCAGGAUUCUCUUACCCUCGUAGAAUCAGAAGAUUACUAUUGAACUAGAGUACAAUAGAUUGACGAAAAAAAUAAUUAAAUAAGUUAAUAUGGGUGAUAUAUGAAUGAAAAGGGAGGAAAGGUUGAAGUAAAAUAUAGGAGUCAUUUUCAAAAAUAAAAGAAAAAGGUUUUCUUUUUUGCUGUGGUUUCCAAGAUAUGUACAUAACUAAUGAGAUUGAUAUUAUAAAGUUUGCUUUAUUUUCCAUUA